AUGAGCGGUUUCAAUCUCACGUUUUUCGAAGAAAACGAAGACGCGGAAGAAGAGUCCGGAUCAGAGUCAGCAGACGAAGGACCACCUGAAAAGAGUCAAAAGACAGCAAAAAAGGUAGAUGUACAGCAAUUCAGACAUCAGUGGUUAGAGGAUACAGAAUUUAAGGAUUGGUUGGUACGCCCGCGUCCUGGGGAAAAUGCUUGCUCCUGCAAAUUGUGCAACAAGUCAGUAUCGUGUCGGAAGACUGCUCUUCGACGACACACUCAAUCUGCACAACGUCAAAACGAAAUCACCACCUACAACGUCAAAACGAAAUCACCACCUAUAAAGAAACAACAGAGGCUCGAAUGUGCUCCUUCCUUGCACAGCAUAACCUGCCAUUGA